AUGUCGUUCGGCGGCCACACACCGACGAUCAUCGUCCUGAAAGAAGGAACCGACACUUCUCAGGGCAAGGGCCAGAUUGUCUCUAAUAUUAAUGCCUGUCUGGCUGUUCAGGCCACUAUCCGAUCGACUCUCGGUCCCUAUGGCGGUGAUCUGUUGAUGGUGGAUGAGAACGGCAAGCAGACGAUUACCAACGAUGGUGCUACUGUCAUGAAGCUCCUCGACAUUGUUCACCCCGCUGCCCGCAUUCUCGUCGAUAUUGCCCGAUCCCAAGAUGCUGAAGUCGGUGACGGCACUACCUCUGUCGUGGUGCUCGCCGGCGAGAUCCUCAAGGAAGUCAAGGAGCACGUUGAGCAGGGUAUCAGCUCACAGAUCAUUAUCAAGGGCCUGAGAAGAGCAUCGCGGAUGGCGGUCAACAAGAUCAAGGAAAUCGCCGUUAGCACAAACGAGGGCAACCGCCGCGAGACCCUGAGCAAGCUCGCCGCAACUGCCAUGACCAGCAAGCUCAUCAAGAGAAACACUGAGUUCUUCACCAAGAUGGUUGUCGAUGCCGUGCUAUCCCUCGACCAGGACGAUUUGAACGAAAAGUUGAUCGGUAUCAAGAAGAUCCCUGGUGGAUCUCUCACCGACUCCCGAUUCGUCAACGGUGUUGCCUUCAAGAAGACAUUCUCCUACGCCGGUUUCGAGCAGCAGCCCAAGUCAUUCAAGAGCCCCAAGAUUGUCUGCCUAAACGUCGAGUUGGAGCUGAAGGCCGAGAAAGACAACGCCGAGGUUCGUGUGGAGCAAGUAUCAGAGUACCAGGCUAUUGUGGAUGCGGAGUGGCAGAUCAUCUACAAGAAGCUCGAGGCCAUCUACGCAACAGGCGCCAAGGUAGUGCUCAGCAAACUGCCCAUUGGCGAUCUGGCUACACAAUAUUUCGCUGACAGAGAUGUAUUCUGUGCCGGCCGAGUCACAAGCGAGGAUAUCGAGCGUGUAGUGCAGGCUACUGGCGCAGUGACUCAGUCAACAUGUUCCGACAUCCUUCCCGAGCACCUUGGAACAUGCGGUACCUUCGAGGAGCGCCAGAUUGGUGGCGAGCGCUUCAACUUCUUCGAGGACUGCCCCGAAGCUAAGACUUGCACUCUGAUUCUACGUGGUGGAGCUGAGCAGUUCAUCGCCGAGGUUGAGCGAUCGCUCCACGAUGCUAUCAUGAUUGUCAAGAGGGCGAUCCGCAACCACACGAUUGUCGGAGGAGGCGGUGCUACUGAGAUGGAGAUCUCCAGCUAUCUCCACCGCUAUGCCGACGAGAACAUCACUCGCAAGGAACAGGCCAUCUUCAAGUCUUUUGCUCGUGCACUAGAAGUCAUCCCUCGCCAGCUGUGCGACAAUGCUGGUUUUGACUCUACAGACAUCCUCAACAAGCUCCGUGUGGAACACCGAAAGGGCAAGACUUGGGCUGGUGUCGAUUUCCAGAAUGAGGGCGUUACGGAUAUGAUGGAGCGAUUCGUGUGGGAGCCUGCCCUAGUCAAGAUAAACGCUAUCCAAGCCGCCGUCGAGGCAAGUUGUUUGAUCCUUGGAGUUGACGAGACCAUCCGAAACGAAGAGAGCCAGAAGCCCCAGGCACCCGGCCAGCUGCCCCCAGGCGCUGCCCAGCGAGCACUGAGGGGCAGAGGACGAGGAAUGCCUCGUCGGUAA